AUUAAAGACCUCUCUUCAAUGUACAACAACUUCCUCAACAUUGGUCCAUUUAAUCUUGUAUCCUCACCAUCUGAUGAGUUUUCUUGCAUUACUUGGUUAGAUAAUCAAAAGCCAGGAUCAGUUGCAUACAUUUCUUUUGGCACAAAGUUUUCUCCUCCGCCCCAUGAGCUAGUUGCGUUGGCUGAAGCACUCGAAGCGACCAAAACCCCAUUUCUUUGGUCGAUAAACAAGGAUUCACAGAGGCAUUUACCAUUAGAGUUCUUAGAGAAAACAACCACAAAUGGAUUGGGAAAAAUUGUACCCUGGGCGCCACAAGUACAAGUUUUGGAACAUAUUGCAAUAGGGGUGUUUGUAACACAUAGCGGAUGGAACUCAGUGUUGGAGAGUAUAGGAGCUGGGGUUCCAAUGAUAUGUAGGCCGUUUAUAGGGGACCAACCGAUAAAUACUUGGAUGGUUGAGAGAGUUUGGGGGAUUGGGGUGCGAAUCGAAGGUGGGAAUUUUACGAAACUUGGAACUUGUCGUGCUUUAGAGCAAGUUUAAUCAGCCGAUGCAUCAUCUAAAGGGCGGAAAGAAAGAAUUAGAGCACUGAAAGAUCUUGCUCAUGAGGUUCUUGGACCAAACGGGAGUUCUAUUCAAAAUUUCAAGACUUUGGUGGGUGUGGUCACCGGUGCCACCCUCUAAACGGGUUUGGCUAAACGUACCCCGCCCAAUAUACUUUUAUCGUACUCCAUCCUGCAAAUUUAAUAAAUCACAUCAAGGAUGUUCUCACCGGUGCUACCCUCUUAUCUAUUUUUGCUGGUGAUCGGUUAAAUGA